AUGAGACCUCAGGGACUUUGGAGAUCUCUCGUCCUAGUGCAGCUGGCAUCUACUCGUUCUUUUCUAGAGACCGGCUCGGGCCGUCGAAAGCUCCAGACAGCAGCACUUGGAGCCAGUUCUCCGUCGCGGAUCCCCGAGUUCGCCUUUGCCUUUGACAUCGAUGGUGUGCUCCUGCGAGCUUCCAAGCCUAUUCCCGGAGCGGCUGAGUCAAUAGCCCUUCUCAAGGACCAAGGGAUUCCUUUUAUUCUUCUGACCAAUGGAGGAGGGAAGCAUGAAUCAGAGAGAGUGGCGGAAAUCAGCGAGAAACUUCCAAGUGCCAUUGGACCCCUCGGUGAUCAUCCAGAGUCAUACUCCCUUUGCGGAGCUCGUGCGGGGGCCCGACGAGUUGAGCGCUUUGGAGAACAAAUGCGUGAUGGUGGUAGGAGGAGACGGUACGGGUUCAAGAACGUGGUGACACCCGGUGAUAUCUUCAUGGCCAACCCCAAUCACUGGCCCUUUUCUAAAGUCUUCCGGAAGUACUACGAAGGGUUCGCGCGCCCGCUCCCCAACCCCUGUGGUUCCAAAGACCCAACGGAAGGACUCAAGAUCGACGCGAUUUUCGUCUUCAAUGACCCGCGUGACUGGGCUCUAGACGCACAAGUCAUCCUGGACGUCCUGCUGUCGUCACAGGGGAUCUUGGGCACCUUUUCGGAGAAGAACGGAUGCACGGAUCUCCCCAACCGGGGAUACUUGCAAGACGGCCAACCACCCCUGUAUUUCUCAAACCCCGAUCUCGUGUGGGCUGCGGCGUAUCAUCUGCCUCGUCUGGGUCAGGGUGGGUUCCGUGAGGCGCUGGAAGGUACCUGGGCUGCCAUUACGGGGGGGCCCAGUAAAGGGGUUGAGCUGAAAAAGACGAUCAUCGGGAAACCAUAUCAGGGGACGUAUGAAUACGCUGAGAAUCAGCUAUUACGGAACCGGUCUCGGGCGUUUGGCACGCACCUCCAACAGCCUAUACGGAAUAUCUACAUGGUUGGUGAUAACCCAGAAUCCGACAUUCAGGGAGCCAAUACCUACAGGAGUCCUCAUGGCAGCCAGUGGCACUCAUUGCUCGUGCGCACGGGGGUGUACAGUGGAGGUGAACCAACGUGGACCCCUCAGGCCAUUGUAGAUAACGUGCAGAAGGCUGUUGAAUAUGGAUUGAACAAGUCUCGGUGGCAUGUCUGA